GGAGUUUCGCUCUUGUUACCCAGGCUGGAGUUGCAGUGAGCCAAGAUCGCCCCAUUGCACUCCAGCCUGGUGACACAGUGAGACUCUGUCUCCAAAAAAAAAAAACAACCUUUAAAAUGUUGCACCCAUAUUCCAGGUGUGUCCCUGGCCCGGGCCCCACGAGCUUCCGGUGCCUUCCGUCUGCACUCCCUUCUGCACUUGCUGGCUCCUGGUGGUGUGGAGUUGUCCCAGGGCAGCGUCACGGUGCUGGGCGGUCUCUGCUCUGAGCAGCCACAGUGUGGCAUCCUGGGAGGUGCUCUGCCAGCACCCACUGGCCUCUGGAGGUCAGGGGGGAGCCGGCCUGGCAGUCCCUCCGUGCAGAUGCCCUCAGCGGCCCUGGCCCAGCUGUGUCACCUGGCCCAUGUGACCGGUUCCUUGGCCCGGUUCUUCCUGGCCACCUCCCUGAUGUACCUCCCCCUCAGAUCCCAGCACAGAAAUAAAAGCCACACUAUUUUUAUCCCUCGAAAUUCCCUGCAGGCCAACUCACGUGUGCCCAUGUGGCCUGAUGUGGUCGCUGCUUUCUGCCUGUUUUUAAAUCGUGUGUGUGUGUGUGUGCGCGCGCGCGCGCACGCACCUUGUGGCAGCCAGAGUCCCACUGUGCUGUGCCGGGCAGGUGCCGUGAGCCUGGCUUGGUCAGGGCUGUUGGUCUUGCUGGACAGCACGGCCAGACAGUCUUCCAGUUCAUGCUGGGGUGUGCCACGGGCGGGUCAGGUCCCACCCUGCCCCUCCGCUGCACCUUCCCACGUGUGCCCCCCCAGGCAGUGCUGGCCUCAGGGCGCCUGUUGCGCACUUCAGCCUCUGCGUCCACUCUGCUGGAGAGCUCGGGAAACAAAGUGCGGCAUCUGCUGGGUCUGCCCAGGGACGUCCCGGAGGCCAGACGUCGGCCCUCCAUGCCUCGUGCCUCCCCACUGGAAGCUCUGGGCUUGGGGCUGUCUGUCCACUCCCUGCUGCCCUCCUGUGCGGGCACUGUGGAACCCACACACCCUGGGAGCAGCCAGGCCCAGAGCCGUUCUGGUGUGUGAUGGGGGCUUGAGGGCUGGGUUGCAGUCCCUAGCCCAUCGCUUGAGGCUGCAGCCUUGUUCCUGUGUUCCGUCAAAUGAGGUCACUGCAGCCCGGCCCUGCUGUGCGGGCACCCAGAAGCCCCUUGCCAGGAGCCCUGGAGGGACAUUCUUGAUGUGCGUCAUGGAGGUGGAGCUCAGGGCAGGACCGCCUUAUAGGGCCUGGUGUCCAUGGUGCCCGCUGGAAAGUUGGUGCUAAUUCAUCCCCCCUUCUAGCCAGAGGCCGGGGUGUCCAGGCCUGCCUUGGUUUAGAAUCCUAGCGAGGGUGUGGCAAGGCUCUGGCCGUCUCUGCGUUUCCCGUCCCACCUGGGCUGGUUCUCGGCUCCAGGACAGUCCUGCCUCCUGUCCUCCGUCACCCCCAGCUACUUCCUUUGCUCCUGCACUCAGGAAAGUCUUUUGCCCCAACGUGGGGCUACACGGGCACUCCCUGUCACCCAGCGUCGUGACUUUCUCCAGCUCCUGAUGGGUCCCUGUGGGGUGUGCUUCAGAGCAGGAUGGGCGGAUGUGACCGCACUGCGCCCGGCAGCCUCCUGCCUGCGCCUCCGGCCCCUCCCCAGCCCCGUCCUCUGUCUCCCUUCCGGAAUUCCUCACUCACAGAGCGCGUUCCUGCGUGGCCGCUGAAUGCCGCGUUAAGGGGCGUUGGGAUGAGCGUCGGGCAUGGGGGGUGGGGGCAGGGGCCGGGUCCAGGCCCGUGCGUGGCGCCCUCACCCAUCCUGUCC